UGUGGACUAUUUUUGUCAAGUCGCAGGGUGCCGCACAGUCCCCGUGGAACUGGGUACCCGGUACACAGAUGAGGAGUGGUCUCAGAAGCUCAUGACUGUCAGUGACUUCAUCGACCAGUAUAUUGUGAAUGAGAACAGUGUAGGAUACCUUGCCCAGCACCAGCUUUUUGAUCAGAUCCCAGAACUGAAAGAAGAUCUCAGUAUCCCUGACUACUGCUGCCUGGGGGAAGGGGAAGAAGAUGAGAUCACCAUUAACGCUUGGUUUGGUCCAGAAGGCACGAUCUCACCUCUUCAUCAGGAUCCCCAGCAAAACUUCCUAGCCCAGGUAUUUGGAAGAAAGUAUAUCCGUCUGUAUUCACCACAAGAUUCAGACAACCUCUACCCACAUGAAAGCCAACUUCUUCACAACACCAGUCAGGUUGAUGUGGAAGAUCCUGACUUAGUGAAGUAUCCCAAUUUCAGAAAGGCUGCGUUUCAGUCCUGUGUUCUGAUGCCUGGACAGGUUCUGUUUAUUCCAGUUAAAUACUGGCACUAUGUACGAUCGCUUGAUAUCAGCUUCUCUGUCAGUUUCUGGUGGUCAUAG